AAGACAUGGAGCCAUGGAGGUGAGAAGUUGAAGAUGGUUUUAUCCUCAUAAAUCGACAAGGCUUCCAGACCCCAUCCUCAGUGUCAGAGGAUGAGCUUCCACGACCGCAGAGCCUCCCAGCCCCCCACGGCCACGGCCGCCACGGAGCUCCUCACCAUGGAUACUGAGAGCCGCUACAGCCUGCCAGGACCCCUCCUGAACACCUCCGCCCCCUCCUUUCCUCUUCCCCAUCCCAACGCCUCUUGCAGCAUCGAUGAAUCCUACAAGUACAUAUUCCUCCCCAUCUGCUACAUCUUCACCUUCGUCUUCAGCAUCUCGCUCAACGCGGUGGUCCUCUACCGCUCCUUCAGGAGGAAGAAGCGCUGGAACGCGUCUCUGAUCUACAUGGUAAACCUGGCCUCCACCGACUUCAUGUACGGCCUGUCGCUGCCCUUCCUGGUGGCCAGCUACGUGAUGCGGGACCGCUGGGUGUUCGGGGACUUCAUGUGCCGCCUGGUGCGCUUCCUGUUCUACUUCAACCUCUACGGCUCCAUCUUCUUCCUCACCUGCAUCUCCGUGCACCGCUACCUGGGCAUAUGCCACCCCAUGAGGACCGUGAUGCUGGAGACCGAGAGGGCGGUGAAGUGGACCUGCGUCCUCAUCUGGGCCGUGGUGUUUGCUCUCACCUGCCCUAUAUUCCGAUUCGCCCAGAGCGGUUACGUCACGCGGCUGGGCGGAGUCGGGACUGGAGACCCCAGCACGGUCACCCUGGAGCCAUCGCUGAUGAACGGCAGCCAUGACGCCACCCAGGGAUACCAGAACUGUUGGGACGAUGCAAUCGACGAGGAGUUCCAUGACUACGUCCCCUACGCAAUCGUCCUCCACCUGCUGGGCUUCUUCCUGCCGUUCUCCAUCAUCGCCUGGUGCUACUCCCACGUGGUCGUCACCAUCUUCAGGAGCCUGGGCCCCCGCCCGCCGGCCCCGAGGGCGGGGGACGGGGAGGACGCCUGUCGAGGUGGAGGACUGGAACUAACCGGAUUCAUCCCUGGUGGCGACGCAGAGGACAGAACCGGGGGCAGCGACGCCAGGAAAGAUGUCUUCAAAAGAGAGCCGGGCUAUUCCCUCUCGUUGGGAGCCCACUCCCCAUAUGCCCGCCGCAGACGUAAGUCCAUCAGGACCAUCGUCACCAUCACCCUGCUGUUCGCUCUAUGUUUCUUCCCCUUCCAUGUCACGCGGACGCUCUUCCUGCUGCUGAAGGUGACCCGAGGGGUGCCCUGCCACACCAUGACCGCGGUGUCCAUGUGCUACAAGAUCACGCGUCCGCUGGCCUCCUUCAACGCCUGGCUAAACGCCCUGCUCUACUUCCUCACCAAGGACAAGGCCGCCGCGCCCUGCUGCCAGGCCACUGUGCCCUGUUGGCAGGCGACCAGCGAAGGUGCCGGGCCGCAGACGGGGUCGCUAUGGCAGCGCAGCGCGAUGGGCCGAGCCGGUGCUGCGCGGGACGGACCCAUCAGAGAGGAGAUGAGGCGCAAAGACGUGGAAAUGUCGCCGGUGUCUGUCCACAGAGCUCGGGACAAAGUGACGUACACCAACGGAUGAUUCACAGGGUUAGCAUUAGCCAUGCAAGCUAACCCUGGUAUAGUGACGUACAGCAAAGGCUGAUUCACAUGGUUAGCAUUAGCCAUGCAAGCUAACCCUGGUAUAGUGACGUACAGCAACGGCUGAUUCACAUGGUUAGCAUUAGCCAUGCAAGCUAACCCUGGUAUAGUGACAUAAACCAACGGAUGAUUCACAUGGUUAGCAUUAGCCAUGCAAGCUAACCCUGGUAUAGUGACGUACAGCAACGACUGAUUCACAUGGUUAGCAUUAGCCAUGAAAGCUAACCAUGGUAUAGUGACGUACACCAACGGAUGAUUCACAUGGUUAGCAUUAGCCAUGCAAGCUAACCAUGGUAUAGUGACGUCCACCAACGGAUGAGUCACAGGGUUAGCACUAGCCAUGUAAGCUAACCAUGGUAUGGUGACGUACAGCAACGGCUGAUUCACAUGGUUAGCAUUAGCCAUGCAAGCUAACCAUGGUAUAGUGACGUACACCAACGGAUGAGUCACAGGGUUAGCAUUAGCCAUGUAAGCUAACCAUGGCAUCAGUUCUAUAUAAAUUCUAGUCUUAUCGCUAAUUUUAACUUCACUCUCUUAUCACUAACUUUAAGUACAACUAGUCUUUUCACAACGUUAACUACACUGUCUUUUCACUAACUUUAAUACACUUUAAAUUCACUGUCUAAUCACUAACUUUAAUACUAAAUACAAGAUGAACCAUAAAAUAUGCCUUAUUAAUAAUGCUAUGAGGCUAACAAUAGGUUGGUAUUCUGUGAGAAAGACAGCAGUAUGGUUCCGGAACUGAAAUUCUCAUUCAUUUUCUCCAUAUAGGUUUUCUUUCAAAAGCCAUAAGGUCGUAGACAUCCAAAGUAUACCAUGCGCCGUUAUAUUGUGAAACGAUGGUAUAUUCUCCUGUAGAAGCCACAAGUUAAAGAAAAGUUUGUAGAUUGUGAGUGUUGCAGUGCUUUUAAAUGCCAUCAUGAAUAAAAAAAGUCAAGCCGGCGAUGAGUGCUGCCGAUGGACCUGUGCUGCCGCGGACCAGCGACCACUGGGUGGAAACCAGUACAGGUCAGCCUGUACUGGAGUGAGGACCAGCGUCCACCGAGUGGAAACCAGUACAGGUCAGCCUGUACUGGAGUGAGGACCAGUAUGAGGG